AUGACCAGUCGCCUUGAUUCACUAACAUGCGUCAGGUACCCAUCAGAGUGGGAUGGACUCAAGGACUUUGCCGUAAUUUCAACCCCAGACUUUCCAGUAUUUCUACAGCAUCAAAACUCAGUUCAGCAGCAAUACUGUAAUGCAACAUAUUAUGGAGUGCACUGUGCAAGUAAAUGUAGCACCAACUGCACAGAUAAGUUAUGUAACAACGUUAAUGGUUCUUGUCUCAACUGCAUCGCUGGAAAGCAAGGGGAAUUUUGUGAUACAGACUGCGAUGCAGGCCAUUAUGGUCACAGAUGUUUAAACAAAUGCUCUUCACUGUGUCUUGAUUCAAAAUGUGACGCUGUUAGUGGACACUGUUUCAGAUGUGAAGAUAAUGCUACUGGGAAAUUUUGUGAAAAAGAAAAUGUCAAUGGAUACAACGAUGGAUAUAACGAUGGAUACAACAAAGGAUUAGGACACGGUGUGGGUAUCGGCAUUGGCGUCAUGUGUAUCAUUGUUCUGAUCGUUAUGGCUGUUGCUUGUGUUAUCCGCAGAUACAAAGGAAAUAAAAGUGAAGAAAGUAAAAAAAGAAACGACAUAUAUGACCAGCCUGUCGAAUUACAACAUACAAAUUCAUCAGCUAGUUCAAUUACAGAACCAGAAAAACGAACAAUGUAUAACAAUACCGAUGAUCCAAAGGAUGGAACUAAUAAAGAAAACAACAGCAAAGAUUCUACGUAUAAUACAUUAAAUGAUGAGUACAAUGAUGUAUCAAGAUAUAUGUCAUUUUCAUCUACAUAAGUCGAACAUACUUGGGUCCACUAC